AUGAAUCCAUUGGAUAAAAUACACGCUCUAGACGAAAUCGAGAAGGAAAUCAUUCUCUGCAUGCAGAGUGCGGGGCAAGCUCUGCAGGAACUCGGCAAAGAGAAGUCGUCGCAGAAAAAUGCCGAAACGCAGUCGCAGCAGUUUCUCAAGAGUUUGUCCAGUGUCGAAUCGAAACUUUCGGAACAAAUAAACUACCUCACACAGGUUUCGACCGGACAGCCGCACGAGGGUUCUGGCUACGCCUCAGCGAAGGUGCUGCAAAUGGCCUGGCACCGCAUCCAGCACGCCCGAUCGCGAGUCCGUGAGCUGGAGGAGACGAAAGCCAAGCAUUCACACGCCGCCAGGCAACAGCAGAAGCGACAGCAAGAGCAUGCCGCCGCCCAGCAGCAGCAGCAACAACAGCAGCAGGCUGCAGCAGCCGUUGCCCAGCAGCAACAACAACAGCAACAGGCUGGCGGCGGCGUAGGUGUCUCACCAGGUGCCGACACUGGUGGUGUUGGACACGCCAUAGGUGGCGAUGCAUCUACUGGAAUGUCCACUAACUGAAUAUAUAAUAAAAUGUCUAGGACUAAAACGAUAAAAAGGAAAUGCAUGUACUCCAAGGUUAUUGCGGAUGACCACAAACCAGAUCAGAUCGGGCAUUUACUCUAAUUACAAUCAUAAAAUUAUUUUUAUGUAUAUUAAAGAAAUACGAACAGUAUUGGAAAGAUACAACCACA